AUCCAGUUAAACAGAACCCAUUACGUACAAAUAUUCCACUAGUGUUCCGAUUUAUACUUAUACUGCAUUUUUGAUUAUCCUUGGAAAUGAUGGAUUCUGGAUGUUGGUGUGCCUCGUUCCAAGCCGUUCGUAAUGAUGAAACAGCAACACUGAAAUACUUAGUAUCAUUUCCAAGUCUUUGUGUUAAUUCGGAACAGGGUGAAACCAUUCUUAUGUUAGCUUGCAGGAAGCAGAACUUAGAAACAGUUUCUAUUUUGUUGAAACACCAAAAAGUGAAGGACAUCAUCAAUAAAAUUUCACGUGGCAAAGGUCUUUCAGCUUUACAUUUAUGUAUACAUUUGGGAUUGUCUGAGACCACGUGUCUUCCAUUUGUAAUGGCGUUAGUUGAAGCAGGGGCUGAUGUAAAUAUCUUUUCCACAGAAAUGAUGACUCCCUCGUUAAUGUCCGCAAGUAGAGGAUUUAUGUCGGUAUUGGCAUACUUGAUAGAUCAUGGUGCUGAUGUUCAUGCAGUAGAUCAAAAUCAAUGUACAGUUCUCCACCACAUCGUCACAAAACCAAAUGCCAAUUUGUUUCUCCAGAAAUUAAUUUUGGCUGGACUGCAAAUUAAUUUACAAAAUAAGUUUGGUGAAACCCCGUUAUAUCUAGCUACGAAAUCCAACAACGAGUGUGCUGUAAAUAUGCUAUUAGAAACAAAUGACUCUUGUGUGGAUUUUACUGACAGAAAAGGGAUCACACCACUUAUGUUGGCUGCAAUACAAAAUGAAAUCAAAAUUAUUAAACUUCUACACAAACACGGUGCUAGUGUCAACAAACAAAAUGGCCGCGGUAAAACAUCUCUGAAUUUUGCAAUACGCAAUGGCAAUAACAGCACUGUUGAUGUUUUGUUAAAAACGAAUGCCUGUGACUUGAAUUUGUCUGAUAACCACGGAAAAUCAUCUUUAAUGUUAGCUGUAAAGAAUGGCAACACAGAACUUAUGAAACUUCUUCAACAAUAUGGUGCAGACAUUAACCAACAAGAUAAUCGCGGUAAAACAUCUCUAUAUCUGGCAGUACAAAACGACAGUUUAAAUGCUAUUGAUGUUUUGCUAAAAAUGGAUGGCUGUGAUGUGAAUUUCUCCGAUAACAAAGGAAAAUCGCCCUUAAUGUUAGCUGUACAAAACAGCAACAUAGAACUUAUUGAACUUCUUUAUCAAUAUGGUGCAGACGUUAACAAACAAGAUGGCCGUGGUAGAUCAUCUACGUAUCUGGCAGUACAAAAAGACAAUUUAAAAACUGUUGAUGUUUUGUUAAAAAUGGAUGGCUGUGACGUGAAUCUGACCGAUAACAAAGGCAAAUCGCCCUUAAUGUUAGCUGUACAAAAUAACAACACAGAACUUAUGGUGCUUCUUUAUCAACACAACGCGGACGUUAACAAACAAGAUGGCCUCGGUAGAUCUGCUGUUUAUUACUGUUUGCAUUCAGUAUGCAGAGGUGGGCAUUUAGGGAUGACAAACUGUAUAGAAAUAAUGAAGUUGUUGGAAUGUUUUGGUGCGGAAUUUAGAACACAAAACCGCGGCAAUAAAUUAAUAAAACACGUGUUGAAACACUCUUAUGAUUAUUUUUUACACUUGGUAGGUUCCAAUAUGUUUGAUUUUCAUGGUUUGGAUAAAAAUGGUGAUAACAUUUUACAUUAUUUAGCCAGAUGUUUUAUGGCCUUUUCUUCUUUUUCCGCUUCUAUGACUUGCUCAGCUCUUUUGUUUUUAAAUGUCGUUUUGACUGAUCCGCAGAUUGAUAUGAACCGUAUAAAUUCUACGAGUAACACACCAUUAAUGGUUGCAGCUAUUUUAUACCACAUCCCGUAUAUGCAAGCCUUGUUACAACAUGGAUGUAGUACCAAUAUAAGGAAUAUUUACGGGCAUACUGUCUUACAUCUCAGUAUUAUUGGCUUCGUUAAAUUGAACUGCAACAGCUACAACUACCAUGAAUGGGACUUUGGGUGGUCAGCUGCUAUAUUGUCUAAAGAUAUCGAUGUCAAUGUACAGGACAAUGAUGGACAAACUGCCUUAAUGCUGGCUGCGAAACUUGGAGAGUAUAAACUCGUAAAACAGCUGUGUAGAGCCCAUGCCGAUUGCAAGAUUUUGGAUAAGUUUGGAAAGUCGAUGGUAAACUAUCUUGACUUCUAUCGGAUAACAGAUAUUAAGUUCUGUAAAUACAUUAUUCAUAAUUUUGGAGUUAAUAUAACAGACAAAAGAGGAAAAACGAUGAUGGACAUGGCCAUGAAGUUUAUUGACCGUGAGUAUUUAUCGGGGGCUUUCAAUUUGAUUAGUUACCUAAUAGCUGCCAACUAUAGCUUUCAGAAUCUUGGACAGAAUAGACGAAACAGGAUGGAUUCUAUCACAACCGAGGAUGUUUUAUCUAGUCGAACUAACGAUUAUAGAAAUCUGUUGUAUCAAAGUGGGGCGGACAAGAUCGACAUUGUUUACAAGUUACCUUUCGUGGAAGAUGAGUACGAGUACAAUGAUGAUACGGACGCACAGAUAACUAGAUUAAUGUCCCAAGAAUCAGAAUUGCAUUCAUUUUGUAAUAAUAUCUGCUUAAAGUCAUUGUGUAGGAGAAUUAUUAGGCAACAUUUAGGAUCAAACAUACAAGACAAAGUUACCCAGCUCAAGGUACCAUUAACAGUACAGAAUUUCCUUCUAUUGAAAGGUUCAUUAGAAGAUAAAUAUUUCAAUCUAGAAACGGAAGAUAGUGACGACGAUGACGAUGAGGACUAUGAUAUGGAUGUGGACUAUGAUGUAGACGAAUUUUGUAUAGAUCUUUACGACUCAGAAGAUUAUUAUGAGUUCAAUGAUUGUGAUACAUGUACAUCAUUUUCCAACUCCUCCUCCACUUCCUCACUAUCAUCGUUACCAUUAUCACCAUCAUCACAGUGUUCCUCACCAGCAUCCUGAUCCGCAUCGAUACCAGCAUCACCAAUAUUGCUAUCAACAUUACAACAUACAUUAUGCAAGAGGUAAAUCUGCCCAUUGCAGGUCUUUCUUUAGGCCUAAAAUGUUAUCUAAAUUAUCAAUUAACUUAUUCAAACCAUAAUCAACUCUCAAUGUCAUCGCUAGUCUGCGACAUUUACUGGAUUAGGAUCCGAUCUGCUGCCUAACGCCAAUUCAUGAUUAAACCAAAAAAUGGAUAAUCGAGACUUUUUUUUAUCGUACCGACGGGUUUUUUGGGUCUCAGUAUCACCCGUAAAGACUUCUGGCCAAAGGCCCAAUAUAUUGGGUUAAUCACAGACAAAACGUUUAUAAAAUCCAUAAAGAGUGAAUUCCUUUGUGGGAUAUGAUCAAAAUAAUGUUGUACACCAUUUAUCUCGUUUUAGUAGGAUUUUUAGGAAGGAAGAUGUCCCUACCCCUCCCGGGCCAACGGGGCUUUGUGCUUAAGCACACUUAUUUCCAAAGGCUCAUUAUGUUCUCACAUUUUCGACUCACGAGGUAAUCAAGGCCCCAACUUUUUAUGUAUUAUUACUAUAACUAAUUGUGAUGUUAAUAAAUGAUGUUAUUUUUUUUAUUAUCUUAACAAAAGUUUGUGUCCCGCCCCUGGCCGUGGAGUUGGACAUGCCAAGAACUAAAAACAGAGAGUUCUUUAAAUCCAAAAUGAGUGGUCAAUAAGGGAUCAGUCUAAGUUAUCGCUAUCUAUCAGUGACCUAUGUUAUUAUUUCUUGAAGCUAAGUCUAUAACAUAAAGUAUAUAAUAAAGUUUAUUUGGUUAAUAAUAAAAUGUCACCUUUACAA